ACCACCGCCUCCGAUUUCUCCUCUCAUCUCGGUCGCCGUUCCGGGAGAUGGAGGGGUUCGAGGAGAACUACGAGCACGGCAGCCGAAUCCCCCACACCUUCCGCGCGACCAAACCCUUCUUCCUCCUCGCUUGCAAGCGAUCCAGCGACGCGCUCUCUCCUCCUCCCUCCUCCAAGUGUCCUCGAAGGGUUCCGCUAUCCGAGAUCAAGAAUGGGUGUUCGACGCCCCCGAUGAACCCCACACCUCGGAGUUGUCAUCGAGGUUCGAUCGUUUCUCCGUCUAGCAGCGUGAUCGACGAGGAUUUCGAUGAGGCGUUCCUGCGGGACGUAGACGCCCUCUGCGAAGAGAGGUCCACGGCCAACAAGGAGAGGUCGAGCGAGGAGAACGGGAAAGCUUCCUGGAGGCGUGUGGUGGAUAGCUGCGAGGAGUUGGAUUUGGACCUGCAGGGAAGUUUCAAUAGGGAUGCCGGCGAUUGGCCCGUGCAGCAGCACAAGUACUGGGAUUAUUUGAAAUCGCUUAACCAUGCACAGAGGGAAGCGGCUUGCAGCGACGUCUCUGUCCCGUUGAUGAUCGUAGCAGGACCUGGAAGUGGAAAGACGUCAACAAUGGUUGGGCGGGUGUUGACACUGCUCAAAGAGGGGAUUGGCCCUUCGAACAUUCUUGCAAUGACAUUCACCACUGCUGCUGCAUCGGAGAUGAGGGAUCGGAUACGAGCAGUGGCUGGAAAAGAGGUCGCAACAGACCUUGAAAUUAGCACGUUCCACUCGUUUUGUUUGCAGCUCUGCAGGAGACAUGCAGAAAAGUUGGGCCGCACCCCUGAGUUCCUAAUAUAUGGACCAGGGCAACAAAGGCGGGCUGUUAUUGAGGCCUUGCGUAUAAUGGAGAAUGAUCAAAACAGUGCACAAGAAACUACAGUUCAGAAGUUUGAAGAUCUUCCUAGUACUGAUAUUGCCAAAUCUUUAAAGGAAAAGUCAAAAAAGUGGCUAAAGUUUGUUACACAGGCUAAGGCUUCUGGCAGAGCAACUGAAGAAUGUGAUAAGAUUGGUGAUGAAAUUGGAGCUAUGAUCCUCAGACACUAUGAUGAAAUUCUUACCUCUUGCAAUGCUUUGGACUAUCAUGAUUUUAUUAGCUCUUCUGUAAAGCUACUCACUGAUUUUCCUGAAGUGUACAAUGAGUGCUUGAACACUUGGAAGGCCAUAGUUAUAGAUGAGUUUCAAGAUACAAGUUCGAUGCAGUAUCGUCUUUUAAGAAUUCUAGCUUCUCAUAAUCGUGUGACGAUUGUAGGUGAUGAAGAUCAGUCUAUAUUCAGUUUCAAUGGUGCUGAUGUUUGUGGUUUUGACUCCUUCCGGAAAGAUUUUCCCACUCACAGAGAGAUUAGAUUAAACAAGAAUUACCGAUCUACCCGGUGCAUAGUUGAGGCAGCAUCAGCUGUUAUAAUGAAUAACAAUAAACGUUGCCAUAUUAAGCAAGUUGAGACUGAUAAUUCCACCGGGAGCAAGAUUAUUGUUAUGGAAUGCCACAAUGAAGAGGCACAAUGUGCUUUUGUUGCUGAUAAAAUUUUAGAAAUCGCAUCAGAUGGCCAGAAUGCUGACUGUUCCUUUGGCAAUGUUGCAAUACUUUAUCGGAGACAAGUUUCUGGUAGAGCAUUUCAGAUGUGCUUUCGCAACAGGAAAAUACCCUUUAAUUCUCAUGGGGUGGCCUUUUAUCGGAAAAAGGUAAUAAAGGCUAUUAUGGCAAUACUCAGAACCACAUUUCCUGACUGUGAUGAUGGUCCAUUUCGCCAAGCCUUCAAGGCACUUUUACCUGGUGAUAAAGAAGAAAAGAAAAUGGUUGUUGAUUAUGUUGAAAGGAUUUCCUCAGCAAGGAAAUGUAGCUUCCAAACAGCUGCAAACGACAUCUUUCAUGCAAAGGUUUCGGGUACCUUCAAAAGGUCUCGGCUUACUCAAGGACGGAAAGUCUUGUCUGCAUUAGAUAUGCUAUCCAAACUUGUAAGAAGAGAACCAUCAAUUUCAAUGGUCAUCACUUCUGCAGCAAAUAUGUUACCUCAGAAAUAUCUUCUUGAAAAACGUGCUGUAGUUGAUGUAGAAGGAGGGAAGUUGCUGAAUGAGGACAAUGAUCUAAGAUCUGUAGUUCAGUAUUUAAUGGAUGAUGUGUCGGAUUUCUUGUCCAUGCAUUUCACUAACAAAGACGUUCAAAAUUUGAGUAAACAAGAAGGUUGUGGGAGCAUUCUGAAGUCCUUUAUUGACUUCAUAACCAUGAGGGAAACUGAAAACUUUCGCUUCCGAAGGCAAGAAAAUAAAAACUCAGUAACUUUGACUACUAUUCAUCAGUCAAAAGGUCUAGAAUGGGAUGUAGUUUUCAUUGUGAAGGCAAAUGACAAUGAGAUUCCUUUGCUUCAUGAGUAUAAUGGCAUUGUCCAUGGUGGGACCACUCUUGAGGAGGAACGAAGGCUUCUAUAUGUUGCAAUGACUCGUGCUAGGAAGAAGUUGUAUGUUGUGUACAUCAUUAUGGAUUCCAACUGGCAGUUGUUGCAACCUUCACGAUUCCUCAAAGAAAUUCCAGGCCACCUUCUUGAGAUACAGGGUGAGGCAAUCUCCAAAGACCUGGCAAUUUCUAGUAGAAACAUUUCUAAUUCAUUGGGAUACGAAAUUUCACAUGAAACAAUUCAUGAAAAUGGUAGGACUCCUGAUGAUAUUUCAGAAAGUGUUGAAGGAUUCUCUGAGAUAUGCCUUGGCAACCAAUUUCUGAAGAGCAGGUUCAACUUGGAAGAGAGAUCCAUUGUCUCUAGUUUAUUCCAUCAAUGGGCAAAAAGGCCUGCAUUUCAUCAUCCAAACCGGUUGCUUGACAAGAUUGGGUUUGUCGUUGAUGAACGUUUAAGGAACAAGACAUACAAACACAAGGAUGUUAUGCGAAUUCUCAAAUCUUGCUUGAAGGGUGAUGAAACACUUCAAUAUGCUCAAUAUGUUAUUAAGUGGGAACAAAUACCUGUUGGGCUACGUGCACAUUUAAAUAGAGAAAAACAGGAACAUUUCCAAAAACAAAGAAUCGAGAACUCUAUGGGAUCAUUCAAAGCUACACCUAAACAGAUCUCUUAUCUGCAGAAUCUGGGAUGCACCAUUAAUCCUACUUCACGUCUUCAUGCAUCACGUUUGAUCGAACAGUAUAGGUCCUUGUGAAAGGCUGCAUUCUUUGAAGUUUUUGAGGUGAAGCAUAAAUAGGUAAAAAGGAUGAUAUGGCAUCAUUUGGAAUUGCUUCAAACAACUUGCAACCACGGAGAGGAGCAGAGGAGCACACCACCACUAUUCGUUAGACGCCCUUCAGUAGAAGGUCUUGGUCGAUCUGGUGGCGUGCUGACUUCAUGACCAACCCGAAGAAACCAGCAGAGACUCAAAGAACUAAUGUCUACAGAAACUGGGAAAUAAACCAUCAAAGUAAGUUAAGGUGGGAGGCUCGGGCAUUGCCAUCUUCUGCAAGUGUGAUGAAGCUUAUAAACCAGAGAUUCCUUUAACAGUGCCAAAAUUUAUGGGGUAGGAAGAUAGCCCAGUUGGUGAAGAUAUCUUUGCUCCCGUCAUGGUGUUGUGGUGGGGAUGUGAACCUUUACUUUGCUUGCAAUAAAAGAUGCAAUCAUCAUUUCGCCAUAA